AUGGCCCUCUCGUUGACACAGAAAUGGCUCAGUGAGAACAUAGGCCAGUAUACCAAUGCUCAGCUCGUCUAUAACCAUGUCGACAAUGCUCUACAGCAUCUACCGACUCUAAGAAUCAGGUCGGCGGUCUACACUUACGAUGAUGGACGGACGAUGUUGUUGCUCUGUAUACAUGGUCUACUUCCGAUAAAGUUUAAAGGGAACGAAUACAAUAUCCCAAUCAACAUCUGGAUUCCAAAAGGCUACGCAGAGGAACCGCCGAUUGUGUAUGUUGUUCCUACUAGCGACAUGUUGGUCAAGGUUGGGAAGACCGUGGAUCACAGCGGGAGGGUUGAUGUCGAGUGGACUGCGAGGAGUGGUGAAAAGGCAAGGCAGAGUACUACUGUCGACCUCAUCAACAAUCUUAGAGAACGUUUCGGAGUCGAUCCACCCGUCUACGCGAAACCGCGUCCAAAAUCAACGCCUACAUCGACCCAUACAACGCCCGCGACACCGACGCCUCCGAGGACAACGACGACUACGCAAUCGAUAACUUCAAUUAGAGCAACACCUCCCCCACCACCGCCGCCGCCGCCACCACCCCAAUCUCGGAGGAUUCACCAACCCCAGCCUCAGCAGCCCCAUCCGCCACCACCUCCACCACCACCACCACCUCCUCCUCCUCCUCCUCUUAGUAUCCCACCCCUUAACAUUCUCGACUCUGACGAACCUCCACUUCCAACUGUCGCAGCCGUGCGGCCACCACGUCCUCCCAACCCAUAUCUCCUCUCGCUUCACGCAUCCCUUCACGAAAAACUCACUUCAAGUCUCUCCAGCCUUCAGACUUCCCUCUCGGACGACGCUGACCGUCUUCGCACCAUCCAAUCCCAACUUCUCUCCGGUCCACCAGCCAUUGGCGAUGAACAAUCCCGUCUGAAUGCCGUCAAAUCCGUGUGUGACGUGGUCUCGAACAGAUACAGCGAGGCGAUAAACCAAGCAGAGAACAAUAUUCAUCUACUCAAAAGACACGGUGAACCAGAAGUGGAUCAGUUGGUGUGUAGUACUGGAAUCGUUUACAAUCAGCUGGUGGAUCUGAUCGCGGAAGACAAUGCGAUUGAAGAUACCAUAUACCACCUACACAGAGCGCUGUGCACUGCUCAGACCCCGAUGGAUUUGGACAAGUUUCUGAGGCACACACGGAUCUUGGCAGAACAGCAAUUCAUGAAACGGGCGUUAGUUGAAAAGAUUCAGCAGGGAUUGCCUCAUCGCGUUUGGUGACGGUAUGUACUUACCUAUAUCUCGAUGUGUACGUACUUUUGUGGAAAACCCAAAUCUUUUUGUCUUC